GCUUGAAAGCGACAGCCGAGUGAACCCGGCGACUUGAGUUCGUCUUCAUUGGCGUCAAACUAACUUGGAAAAAGCUCGACUGCGGCUUUUUUCUUUUCGUUUCGUUUUAGUUAACUGUCACGUGUUUGUUUGUUUGUUUGUUUGGCCCAGCAAUAAGCCAGCCGCUGCGCCACCUCGUCUGGUUCUUUUUAGCCGCCGUGUCACGUUUUGUUUAAAACUUUUUGGAGCAUCUGCCACCAGCGGUUAGCUUCACUAGCCUAGCCUAUGUUAGCCUCGUUCGGCAUCCGUCAAGUCAGCCUCCCCGGGAAUGAGCGGAGGGACACCGGCCUCGCGUGAACGUUGCCCGGCGUUAAUCGUUGACGGAACCGGGAGUCGCACCGAACACUGAGCCACCGACGUCUAGAGAUAAACGACGUAACGGUUAGCUAGCUCGACUCCAACCAGUCAGUCGAGCGGCGCGGCAUGGCCAGCGACCCCGAAACGGGCUUCUCUCGCCGAGCCAACGGAGACAACGCAACGGGCCCGGUGCCCGACCCCGACGACGGUGGAAGUGGAAGUGGGCCGACCGUGAAAACCCUAGCGCGGCUGUGUAGCAGGGACGAGGAGGAGCGGGCGGCGGCUCUGGAGGAGCUCAGCCAAGGGGUUCUGCUGUGUUUGGGUCUGGACCGACCAGGUUCGACGCGGCUGGGCAAGGAGACGCUUCUGCAUCUGCUGCGGUUGGCCCGGUCGUGUCCGUUGCGGGAGGUGCGAGCCAGGGCCAUCGAGCUGCUGCGGACCGCCCAGGAGCAAGGAGUUGAAGUUCCUCGCACCCUGGCCUCCGGUCCCAGCGCCUUCAUUCCUGCCAAACAGAUAUUGAAAGACGGGCCAGACCAGGACAUCCUGAUCAAGUCGUUCCUGAGUCUGGGUCGCGUUGACCACGUCACCAUGGUGAUGGCGCUGCACCCCGCCUACCUCAGCUGCUUCCUGAGAACCCAGCAUGCCUUGUUGGAGAUGGACGGCCCCUUGCCCCGCCACUGGAGACACUACAUCGCCAUCAUGGCCGCCGCCCGCCACCACUGCCCCUACGUGGUACAGCAGCACAGCGCCAGCUUCCUGGAGGCUGGCGGGGACGAGAGCUGGCUGAGCGGACUGCGGCACGCCCCGGCCAAACUGAGAGGCCUGAACCCCCUCAACAAGCUGCUGGCCCACAGACCCUGGCUCAUCACGCAGCUGCACAUCCAGGAGCUGGUGUAUCCGGGCGCCGAGCUUCGCUGGUCGUUGGCCGAGCUGAUUCACGCCGUCAUCCUGAUGGCGCACGCCCACGCGCUCUGCUCCUUCGUGUGGGGAUGCGGCCUCAACCCCGAGCCUGACCACGUCGGCGGGCACACCUUCCGGCCGCCGUCGCCCGGACACCCCACCCGCAGCCCCCACAGCCCCGCAAACGAGGACGGACGGCGGGAGCAGGUAGACAGCGCCAUGGAGGUGGAGGUGCUGAUGAAGAGGAUGGUGGAGCUGCAGGAGCAGCAGGAGGAAGAGUGUACGCAGGAGGAGAUGGUCACGCGCUUUGAGAGGGAGCGGAGCGAGAGCAUCCCCACCGCGGUGGUGCGAGAGGCGCCGCCAGAGAGGCUCCUUCACCUGAUGGAGGAUCCGGAGUUCAGAUAUGAGGACUUUGCGCCCAAAGGAGAGCAGGCUCCGCCCACCAUGAGAGCCCAGGACUACUCGUGGGAGGACCACGGCUACUCGCUGGUCAACAGGCUGCUGCCGGACAUGGGACAGCUGCUGGAUGAGAAAUUCCAGGUGGUGAGCAACCUGACGUACAACAGGAUGGCCAUGCACGAGGGCGUGGACACGCACACGCUGAGGAAAGCUCUGUGGAACUACAUCCACUGUCUAUACGGGAUCCGGUACGACGACUACGACUACGGCAGCGUCAACGUCCUGCUGGAGCGAUCCCUGAAGAUGUUUGUCAAGACCAUGGCCUGCCACCCCGAGCAGACCACUGCGCACAUCUACCACGCUUUCUGGAGGCACUUCAGGCACUCUGAGAAGGUAACGACCGUGGUGUGUCGUCAGGUCCACGCCAACCUCAUCGUGUUGGAGGCUCGCCUGCAGGCGGCGCUGUUGUACACGCUGCGAGCCAUCACUCACUACAUGAGAUGACCAACCAGCGCCGCCUGAACGUUGCGGAUGCUGAGCCAGCUGUUGUGCUUCUUCAUAUGCUCUGUUCCAGUGUUACACGUAUUUAAUGUGUUUUUGCACCGAAAGUUCACUUCAGGAUCAGAAAGUUGACGCUCGCGUUAAUAUCGAGUCUCACGAUCGGAAUGUUUUGUUUUUUUGACGGACUUUGUUGAUGGUGCAAUCCGUCAAGCGCGACUGCUUGACGCUCGCUCAGUCCUCCAUUGUGUCCUUAAACGCACUUUGAGGGCUGCGAUUAAAAGAAAAUGACAAAAAGCUUGUAUUUUUCUAUUCAAUAAAGAGUUACUUGACAAAAAAAUGGACAAA